CUCUCUCACUCGUUCCCCCACAAGGCCUCCUCCCCCCACCUCGUCUUCCCCUAUAAACAAAUGGAAAAACAACAUCUAAAUUCCAUGUCGCUCUGCACAAACAACAUGGCCUAGCUGUUCUUGGAUCCGGAGAUUCUGGGUCUUUGGAUUCCAUAUUUAAAAAUAAAACCCAAGACAUGAUUUGGUUUCUCCCCUCUUUCUCUCUUUAUCCUUGUGGUGGCCGUCAUUCAUUAUUUCCAAUCCUUCUCUUCCUCCCCCUUCUUUCUUCCUCACACUCAGUCGGGGUCGGGGGUUGAAGAGUGUAGCAGUAAUGCCUGUAAACAAAUGGAGAUGGAACCUCUUCUCCUUCCUUUUCUUCUUCACCUCCCUCCCCUUCCUUGUCUUCGCAGUCAACGAACAAGGCCAAACACUUCUGUGGUGGAAGAGGAGCUUGAACGGGUCUCUGGAGAUCUUUAAUGACUGGGACCCAAACGAUGUUAGUCCCUGUAAUUGGUUUGGGAUCUCCUGCAACUACGCACAGGAAGUAGUGGAGCUGAAUUUGAAGUUCGUGGAUCUAUUGGGUCAUGUUCCUUCCAAUCUAACUUCGUUGAAAUCGUUGAACAAGCUGGUUCUGUCAGGAACGAACCUCAGUGGUUCCAUACCUAAAGAACUAGGUAGUCUUACUGAAUUGAUUCACUUGGACUUGAGUGACAAUGCGUUGACCGGUGUAAUCCCCAGUGAGAUUUGCAGAUUGGCCAGGCUCGAGAGACUCUUCCUCAGUUCGAAUCGCCUUGAGGGGUCCAUUCCAGUCGAAAUUGGAAACCUUUCAAGGUUGACAUGGUUGAUUCUCUACGACAAUCAGCUCAGUGGUACAAUUCCCAGUACCAUAGGUAGCUUGAAGAAGCUCCAAGUACUAAGAGCUGGCGGAAACAAGGAUCUUCAAGGUGCUCUGCCGCAGGAGAUUGGGAAUUGCAGUGAUUUGGUAAUGCUAGGCCUUGCAGAGACGAGCAUAUCUGGGUUCCUCCCUCCUACUCUGGGUCUCCUCAAGAAGCUUCAGACUCUGGCGAUCUACACCGCUCUACUCUCGGGCCAAAUCCCUCCGGAGCUUGGCGAAUGUAACGAGUUGCAGAGCAUUUACUUAUAUGAAAACGAACUCACCGGAUCCAUUCCUAUUCGGUUGGGUAAUCUGCCUAAUCUGAGAAACCUACUGCUCUGGCAGAACAACCUCGUGGGAGUCAUUCCUCCAGAGCUGGGGAACUGCAACCAGUUGUUGGUGAUCGACUUGUCCAUGAAUUCCAUCACGGGGAGCAUUCCACAGACGUUUGGGGAUCUGAGCUCACUGCAAGAGCUGCAAUUGAGCGUAAAUCAAAUCUCUGGCAGGAUCCCGACGGAGCUUGGUAAUUGUCAAAAUCUGACUCAUAUCGAGCUAGACAACAAUCAAAUAACAGGUACGAUUCCUUCUGAAUUUGGACGGCUUUCGAAUCUGACCUUGUUGUUCUUGUGGGCAAAUAAACUCGAAGGAAAUAUGCCGGCAUCAAUUGCUCUCUGCCGGAAUCUCGAAGCCAUUGAUUUGUCUCAGAACGGUCUGACAGGGCCCAUCCCUAAAGGAAUCUUCGAGUUGCAGAAUCUAAACAAGCUGCUGCUUCUAUCGAACAAUCUCUCCGGUGUGAUCCCUCCGGAGAUCGGAAGGUGCGCUUCUCUGAUCCGAUUCAGAGCCGGCAACAACAAGAUCACCGGGCCAAUCCCUCCGGAGAUAGGGAAUUUGGUGAAUUUGAAUUUCUUGGAUCUCGGCUCGAACCGUUUGACCGGAAUCCUACCGUCCAAUAUCUCCGGCUGCCGAAAUCUGACGUUCCUCGACUUGCAUUCCAACGCAAUAACCGGUAACCUACCAGAAAGUUUCAAUGAGCUGGUUUCCCUCCAAUUCAUUGACAUAUCCGAUAACUUGAUAGAAGGGUUUCUGAGUCCGAGCAUGGGAUCGCUGAGUUCACUCACCAAGCUCGUCCUAGCUAAGAACCGAUUCACAGGUCCGAUCCCUGCAGAGCUUGGAUCCUACACCAAACUCCAGUUACUGGACAUGAGCGGGAACGACUUCACCGGCGAAAUACCGCCGAGCGUGGGCAAGAUUCCGUCACUCGAGAUUGCCUUAAAUCUGAGCUGUAACAGACUCACCGGUAAGAUUCCGGCAGAGUUUUCAGGAUUGAAUAAACUCGGAAUCCUCGAUCUCUCCCACAACCAGCUCUCCGGCGAACUUCAAGUUUUCUCUCAACUUCAAAAUCUCGUGGUCCUCAACAUAUCUUACAACAAUUUCACUGGGAGAGUGCCGGACACACCUUUCUUCACUAAACUUCCAUUGAGCGACCUAUCAGGUAACCCAGCCCUGUGCUUCUCCGGCAACCACUGUGCCUCCGACGGACGAGGCGAUGCUGCACGUCACGCGGCAGCCGCAGCUCGUGUGGCGAUGAUAGUGUUACUGUGCACCGCGUGUGCACUGCUGAUUGCGGCGCUCUAUAUCAUCCUAAGGGGGAGAAGACGAGCAAGUGGCUUCGGUGGGGCCCAUGAUUGCGAUGUGGAAGGAGAUGAGGACGUGGCGAUGGCACCACCAUGGGAGGUGACGCUUUACCAGAAACUCGACUUGUCCAUUGCUGACGUGGCAAAGUGCCUCACCCCUAGCAAUAUCAUUGGGAAAGGACGUUCUGGCGUGGUGUACAGAGCGAAUCUAACUUCUUCGGGUUUAACGAUUGCCGUGAAGAAAUUCCGGUCGUCGGAGAUGUUCUCCGCAUCGGCAUUCUCAUCGGAGAUUGCCACGUUAGCUAGGAUACGCCACAGGAACAUUGUACGGCUAUUGGGUUGGGGAGCUAACCGGAAGACGAAGAUGCUGUUUUACGAUUACCUGCCGAACGGGACGUUGGGAGCGUUGCUGCACGAGGGAUGCACUGGAUCAUCAGUGGAAUGGGAGACCCGGUUCAAGAUUGCGUUGGGGGUGGCGGAGGGUUUGGCCUACCUGCACCAUGACUGUGUUCCCCCAAUCCUUCAUCGAGACGUGAAAGCCCAUAACAUUCUCUUGGGAGAGAGAUACGAGGCUUGCUUAGCAGAUUUUGGCUUUGCCAGACUUGUCGAAGAAGACGACAAUGGUUCCUUCUCUGCUAGCCCUCAGUUUGCUGGUUCCUACGGCUACAUUGCUCCAGAGUAUGGUUGUUCGAGUAAGAUUACAGAGAAGAGCGAUGUAUACAGCUACGGUGUGGUCCUGUUAGAAAUCAUAACGGGGAAGAUGCCGGUGGACCCUACAUUUCCAGAUGGGCAACACGUGGUUCAAUGGGUGCGUGACCACCUGAGGAGCAAGCGGGACCCAGUGGAGAUCCUCGAUCCCAAGCUUCAAGGUCGGCCAGACUCUCAGAUACAAGAAAUGCUGCAAGCGCUGGGAAUCUCUCUGCUCUGCGCUAGCAACCGUGCAGAAGAUAGGCCCACCAUGAAAGACGUGGCGGCAUUGUUGAAGGAGAUCCGACAGGACCCACCACCUGGAAGUGAAGCACAGAAACCCAAGCCAGAGCUGAUGCCUUCGUACUCUUCAUCAGUAUCGCCAGCGCAGCUGCUGCGGCUCCAGGGAUCCUCGCAUUGUUCCAUUGCCUACUCCUCGUCCUCUGGAGGUCCUGUCUCUCAUUCUCGGGGAAGGAACCAAUGAUAACGAGGGAAGAAGGUUACCCACACCGCCAGUGUGGGGGAAAC